AUGGAUUCACAUUAUGGUGAAGCUCAAUCAAGAACAUCAAAAUUUAGAAAAGAAUUAUCAUCAUCUAUACAUUUCACACCCUCUACUUCUAAAAAAUAUAAAAUUCAUGGUGCUAGUUGUGACUGGUUAUUUAGUGCAAUGUCACAAGCAGUUAGCAAUCUUAAUAGUAAUAACAAUCAACCAAAAUUAUGUUUAAUAAGAUGGGGAAUGAGAAAGAGAUUAGACAAUAUAAAUCAAAUAACUCAAGAUACUGGAUUGAACCAACUAAAUUUAAAUAGUUCUGCAUGGUCUUUGGUUAGAUAUUCCUUUGAAGAUUUUUUCAAAACUUUUUGGGAAAAAACUUUGAGAUUGAAAAAUUUAAGGAGAGAAGAAAGAAAAAAAGGCAGUGAUAAAUACUCAGAAGUGGAUAGUUUAGAUAAUACUCCAUUACUUUCCCUUAAUAAUGACUUACUAUUGGCUUUAAAAAAUGAUUUGAUUAAUAAUGAUUUAGUGAUUAUUUCUUCUACUAAUGCUAAAGAAAACAAAAUGUCUGCAAAUGGGAAAUUCAAGAGGGAAGGCUUUUGGAAAUUUUCCCCAGUGUAA